UGUGGACGCAUUAAGGUGUGAUCGUCUGUCCGUUUGCUCGUCGCCACAGCGAAACAUAAACAACCAAAUGUAAAUACAACGCCAAAGCUAUUUAAUGCCGAGUGAUAAACUCGUCGGUCGCGCGCUAUAAAACAAGCGAACGGGCCAUCAAACCACAAUUUUUGAUUGCUCGUCUUUGUUCCGCAGACUGUAACUUCCCACCAUUCGGAGUUAGUCUGGGAAUAAGGUGUGGAAACCAACAGCCUGCUAGGUGUCACCGUGCUGUAAUUAAGUCGGGGGUGUAGAAAGUUUCAACUUGAAACUUUCCAAUACUUAGACCUAUAUUACAAUUUUUUUGCAAGAACAUUGUUUUAUCAUACAAUAACCCAAAAUGUCAAUUUGGUUGAAAUUGUUCAAAAACAUUCGAAAUAAUUAAAUCAGAUGAUAUAAUAGUAUGGAGCGUUCACUCGAAUCAUUUUGAACCAACACUAGUUAAAAUGAACUCAAUUGCUGCAAUAUUAAACUUCAUCAAAGACGUUCAUAGUUAUUCCUUAGAGCUGUUUAAAUUUGCCAUAUCACCAAUAAUCCAAACGCAAUGAAGUACGUUUAAUUUAUAUCAAUCAGACUCUUAGCGAAAUGUUUAUCUGAGUUAUAAAUUAUGAAUGAAGCGGACACAUACACACACGAGAGAGCAAACAAACAUACAUGUAUACACGUGCAAACAUACGUUUCGGUAGGCGAAGCACCGUGCUACAUGUGACUAUAACAACAGCAACAACAGUGUGAAGUGUAAUUUUAAAGCAAACAAACAAAAGCGGAAAAGAGUAGAUACUAAGCCGCUGUUAAGUAUAAAUUAAAUAAAAAUAUACGAUAAACGAAAACAACAACGAACCUACGGAAACCAUCAGCAGUAGGAAUGAGCAGCAACACGCAAUCAUGUCAAAGUACCAGAAAUUAGCAAACAAUGACUACAGCACGUCAACGCUAACGGACGAUGAAAACUUUGCGAUUUUUCCCCAAGGCAGCAGCGAUGAUCAUCAGAACGAUGACGACGCUUAUCAGGUGGAAGAUCUCAUCCAGUACAACGACAAAAAUGCCCUGCUGGAGCAUAAUACCAAAAACAUAAACAGUAGCCCAAGCACCCCCGUUGUGGCAUUUAUGAAUGGAGCGGACCCCAGGCUCCGCAGUGGCAACGUCAACGGCAACAGCAGCAAUUUAUUAAUAACCACACAUGAUUUCGAUGACAGCACAAUGGAAAUCCCACUACUGCAACGUGGGACCAGCAGCGACAACAACCACAAUGGCAGCUACAACAACAAGGAUGAUUUGGAAUAUGGUUGCCUGUGCCAACAGAAAGGAUUUGCAUCCAACCUCAACUGCAAUUCCGCAAAGACCGCUAAAUCAAAAAUCCUCUGGGCCGUCGGUAUGUGUUGCAUAUUUAUGAUUGUUGAAUUCCUGGGUGGCUACAUAGCCGGAAGCUUAGCCAUUAUGACGGAUGCCGCACAUUUAGCAUCAGAUUGCAUUAGUUUCGUUAUUGGUCUGGUAGCCAUCUGUUUGGGCAGUAGACCGCCGGAUGCAAAAAUGUCAUUUGGAUACAAACGUGUGGAGGUUAUGGGCGCACUAGCAUCCAUACUUGGCAUUUGGAUUCUAACCGCAACUCUGGUUCUGGUUGCUAUACAACGCAUGUAUGCCAAUGACUAUGAUCUCAGUGCAGACACCAUGAUGGUCAUCUCUGCCAUUGGAAUUUUAAUUAAUAUCAUCAUGAUUUUUAUUUUACACACUUCGUCUGCUGAGCUGCCAGAAGGUGGUAUAGGUGCUUCCCAUGGCCACAGUCAUAGUCACAACCAUGGCCACAAUCAUAGCCAUAAUCAACAUCAUGGUCAUAGUCAUCAUCACAGCUCACCGCAGUCUCAUUCGCCUCAUUUUCAGCGUCGCCAUCUCCGACAUAGUUUGGAGAGCAGCCAUCUGCACUUGGAACAUUCAGCGCAGUCAAUCGUUACAUCGAGUACCAUUUUGGCCACUUCUGGCCAUGAUGGUAGAUGUGGAAACACCUUGCCUGUUGACACUAGCAAAGCAACAUCACCAGAGCUGUCGCCUGGGCCACUUGUAGAAAAUGGCUUGAUACAGCAAAGGUCUCAUUCACCCCAUUUUCAGCGAAACCAUCUCCGGCACAAUUCUGAUAGCAACCAUCCGCACUUGGAGCGUUCAACGGGGUCAAUCGUUACGUCGAGCAUAACGUCUGCCUCUGGUGGCCACACUGGUGAAGGUGACACCAGCGUAGCAACAGCACUGGAGCUGUCGCCCAGCCCGCUGGUUGUCGGCGGAAAUGGCUUGAAACACCAACAAGAUGGGAAACACAAAAACUUGAAUCUACGGGCAGCAAUGAUACACGUUAUUGGCGAUCUCGUUCAAAGCUGUGGAGUUUUCAUCGCUUCAAUAUUCAUUAAAAUUUAUCCGAGGGCAGUUAUCCUGGAUCCAUUAUGUACGUUAUUAUUUUCCAUCAUUGUUAUAAUGACAACGCUCAACCUUUUCAAAGAAUCAAUACACAUACUUAUGGAUUCAGUUCCUAAUGGCAUUUCUCUUGAAGAGCUCGAAAUGGAAUUGCUCGACAUUGAGGGAGUCAAAUCUGUCCAUCAUCUAAACGUUUGGAAUCACACUUCAAACCACAGUGUGCUAAUGGCCCAUUUAGUCAUAGACUUUCUUGCCGAUAGCAACAAUAUUCUAAUGCAUGCCACUCAGAUAGCCAGCAGCCCUAAGUACAAUGUGAAACACAGUACCAUACAAAUAGAACGUGCUGCCUUAUAAAUUGCCAAGGAACCAACAAUCACAACAUCAUAUUGGUCGUAAAUUGCAUUGUAAAUUGUACAUGGAACAAUAGCAGUAGACUUCGUUGUUGUGCUGUGAGAAGUAGCUAUCAAUAGCUGUUUCAUAUUACAAAGAAAUUGUUAAAAAAUUCUGCCUUAAAUUAAGUGCAAAAGGAGUACCAUAACUCGUUAACUUUUAGUUUUUACGCAAAAAUCACGAGAUGUGUAUAUCGUCAGCCUAAUGCUAUCUUGUUUCAUACGCCAUUAUGUGCAAUCGAGAAAAAAACACUUUAAGUUGGAGUCUCAAUUACUUAAAACUGGGCCGUAAAUGUGUUUUUUUAACGUUACCAUGUUCAUGCAUUUCUAAACAAUAUGCCCUUAAACGUUUAAUAUUUUUCGGCCAGAAAUAAACGUUAUGUAGCCCAUUUUUCGAAAAUAGUUAAUUGUUGUUUUGUUCCAUAUCCAAAUUUUGUUUACAUUUUUUAGAAUUUUGUUUUACGUGUAACAUAAUGUGUACCAAUAUAGCAUUGAAUUAACAUAAGGUGUUCCACCUCCAAUUGAGAAUAUUUUUAUUAAAAAAAAAAUAAUAAUAAUCUUUUCAUUUUAAUGCGGUUUUACUAUGAAACAAAUUGGAUUUUUCUUAGAAAAUAUAUAACAAGAAAAAACUAGCCCAUAUAGCACUCGCCACGCUAGAAACGUAUGCCGAAGGCGUGUUGUCUGUGAUCAAAUCCAUCUGUUAUCUGGCAAUUUCUUUUCAAUAAUCAAUUAAAAUCCUUCAAUUUCUGGUCAUAUUCAAUCUCAUGAUCAUUAGCUCUACUCACUCCCUUUGGGUGAAAUAAUGUAAAAAGUAUGGAUAAUGGAAAUGGAUAUUUCGAUAUGUUCCAAAUGGAAUUACAAAGAGGAUAUUCAAAUAUAGAUCUACCAAGCCUUCUCUUGGUAGAUCUAAAUUUGAUAACAACUCUAUAAGAUGAUGUGACCAAUUAUCUCCAAAUAUGUUGAAUGGUUGUCGACAAAUGAAUGUAUGCAAUUGAUUUCUUCUAUAUUAGAGUAGUCACGCUCAAAAAAUAUUUCUAAUAUUUUCAAUAGAGACUACAGAAAUAUUUGAUUGCGGUACUGGUUUUUUGAUUGCAAUUUUAUGGUACGCAAGAAUGCAUGUUGAAAUUCGGCAUUAGCUUAGUCACACUUCGCAUUCAGUAAAUCCAAUAACAUUCAUUCAGUGGGACUACUUCUGGACUCAAAGCCACGUUAUUUUCCCCUUUCAUUGGUUUCAAACCCGUAUGGUAAAUCUCAAAUUAAGAUUUUAGGAAUUUAAAAGUUGUUUUUAGUUAUAUAUUUAAAUAAUUUGAGUAAAAAUUGAGCACGUGAAACAUGGUAGCACUAUCAAUUUGAUUUGUCAAAAAUAUAUAUAAUUUUGAAUAUGAAACAAAACCCAGGAUUUAAUAAAAGUGGAUAUGGAGCAAACUUAAUCUCAAUAUCUCAAAAACUAAGCGAGAUACGAAAAAAUUUAUUGAAAAUUCUGAAAGUUCGUACCUUGAAACGAUCCUAACUAAAAGGAUCGAAAAUGGCUUAUGGAGCAAGUUAGCAUUUGAUCGAAUAUAUUUAUAGCGAAAAAUUUACUUAUCAUACCUUUUAAACAAGAUUCUAAUCAAAUAUGACCAAAGAGCCUAAGUAAAGCUUAAAUGUAUUAAAAAUGUAUUAGACCAUCUUAAAUAAAGUUUUAGAAUAAUUACAGAAUUUUAAAAUUCAGAA